GUUCUUCUUGGGGUCAUGAAUGAAGAAUCCGACAAAUUCCAGCUCACAUUUGACCACAUAAAAGCAAUUCUCAUGCAGGACAUAUUUAUAGCAGGAACAGAGACAAGUGCAGCUACAGUGAUAUGGGCAAUGACGUACCUAAUGAAGAACCCAAAAAAAUUGAGGAAAGCCCAAAAAGAAGUACGACAAGCUAUAGAGAAGAAACGCUUUGUAAAAGAAGAAGAUAUUGAACAACUACCCUAUCUUAAAGCUGUGGUCAAAGAAACCAUGAGACUACAACCUGCAGCUCCAUUGCUGCUUCCAAGGGAAUCGAGUCAAGACUGCGACUUUGACGGGCACAAAAUACCUGCGAAAACUACGGUUUAUGUCGAUGCAUGGGCAAUCGGAAGAGAUCCUGAAGUCUGGGGUGAGAACCCAGAGGAGUUUAAGCCGGAGCGAUUCAGGAAAAAGUCCAUCGAUCUAAAAGGCGUGGAUUUUGGGAUGAUACCGUUCGGUGCUGGGAGAAGGAUGUGUCCAGGAAUCAAUAUGGGGCUCGUGAUUGUGGAGCUCUCUUUGGCUAAUUUGCUUUAUGCAUUCAAUUGGGAAAUGCCACUUGGAACGAAGAGUGAAGAUUUGGACAUGGAGGCUUUACCUGGUAUUACCAUGCAUAAGAAGAAUGCUCUCUGUCUUAUGGCUAGAAAGUAUGUAUGCGAGUAAUGGAAUUAAUUGCCAGUGUUGGAUAAUUUCGUAUUU